AUGCUCGCCCGGAGUGCCGUGACAAGAUGUGGCAUCGGUAGGGUGCGAAAGCCCUUUUCCUUCACGCCCAACUUCCGAUUCUCGAGGGUCCCAGCUCGACGCCAGUAUGCCACGGCCGGCGCGGCUCCUGCAUCGAGCACCAUGAGCUCUGCAGGCAUGCUCGCUCCUUUUAUGAGCGAGCUCGACAAGAUCGCACCAUCGUUCCCCAUCAAUGGCUCGCAAAUUCGGAUCCUGCAGACGCCGGCCGAGUUCUACGAGACGCUGAAGGACAAGAUCUCCAAAGCGGAACGGCGCAUCUUCCUGUCGACUCUGUACAUUGGCAAGACAGAGCGGGAGUUAAUAAAGACGCUGCAAGAUGCUCUGCGGAGGAAACCAGAGCUCAAGCUGAGCAUUUUGACGGACGCCCUGCGUGGCACAAGGGAAGCACCACAACCGUCUUGCGCCUCGCUCCUGGCGCCUCUUGUCGACGAGUUUGGACCAGACAGGGUCGAGAUCCGGAUGUACCACACGCCGAACCUGACCGGUCUGCGGAAAAAGUACAUACCUAAGAGAAUAAAUGAGGGUUGGGGACUGCAGCACAUGAAAUUGUACGGGUUCGAUGACGAGAUACUUCUGUCUGGGGCGAAUCUCUCGACGGAUUAUUUUACGAACCGGCAGGAUCGAUACCAUCUUUUCUCCUCAAAAGACGUCACUGAUUUCUUCUGUGGACUACACAAUGCCGUGUCGUCUCUGAGCUUCAGGAUAGAACCGUCGAGCUCUGCAGCUGGCUUCGAAAAGGUCUGGCCGGUCGAGAAUGCUGCGCCUUCUCCUCUCGACAGCCCGAAGCAAUUCGUAUCUCAGUCCACUUCCUUGAUCAAAGGAUUGAUCAAACCUGAUAAAACCCCGUCAGGCGAGUCGAAAGGUGACUUUGACACAAGUGUCUAUCCCUUGGCACAAAUGACACAGCUAUUGUCGCCAGAUACGUCGACGGAGUUACCUGCCCUCACGCAUGUUCUGAAGACUCUUGCAUCUCCCGAGUACUCCAAUUCAUCCUGGACCUUCACCGCCGGAUACUUCAACCCAGCGCCAUCACUCACCAAGCUCCUACUUGCCACGGCAUCACACCACAACGUUGUCAUCACCGCGUCCCCCUUCGCGAACGGCUUUUAUCAAUCCAAAGGUGUUUCCGGCAUGUUACCAGAUGCGUACACGUUGCUCGCGAGGAAUUUCCUCCACGACGUGCACCAUCGCAAGAAGGACCUAGCCAUCACGCUCAAGGAGUGGAGAAAGGGCAGCGUCAACGAGCCAGGCGGCUGGACGUACCACGCCAAAGGCAUCUGGGUGACCUUGCCUUCAGACUCGAAUCCCUCGCUGAGCCUGGUAGGGAGUUCGAAUUAUACGAAACGAAGUUACUCCCUGGAUAUCGAGGCCAACGCGAUGAUCCUGACGAGGAACGAAGAUCUGAAAAAGAGGCUUGGUGACGAGCAGCGCUGGCUACAGGAACACGCCACUCAAGUCACGAGGGAUGACUUUGCCAGGACGGAGCGCAGAGUCAGUCUGAAGGUGCGGCUUGCAAUGUGGAUCGUUUCGCUGGUCGGCGGUGCGCUGUAA